AUCCGCACCUGGGAGCAACAUGGCCAGCAAGAAGCUGAGAAGAACCGGUUUAUCUCAGGAACUCUGCGACCAGCUCAAUCGCCAUCAGAUCGUUACCUGUCAGGAUUUCCUUUCUCUGUCCCCAAUGGAACUGAUGAAGAUGACUGGGAAGAGUUACCCGAAAGUCCGUGAGCUUCUCCACGUGGUCAGCAGGGCUUGUGCCCCCAAAAUGCAAACUGCUUAUGGAAUGAAGAUGGAGAGAACUUCUGAUCCUUCUCCAGCCUUCUUACCCACCACGCUUUCAAGUUUGGAUGAAGCCCUGCGUGGCGGGCUAGCCUGUGGGUCUCUCACUGAGGUUACAGGUCCAGCAGGUUGCGGCAAAACUCAGUUUUGUAUGAUGAUGAGUGUGUUAGCCACAUUACCGACCCACUUGGGAGGAUUAGAAGGCACUGUUGUAUAUAUUGACACAGAGUCAGCUUUCAGUGCUGAAAGGCUGGUUGAGAUUGCAGAAUCCCGUUUCCCCAGAUAUUUCAACACUGAAGAAAAACUGCUUUCCAUGAGCAGUAAAAUCCACCUCUUUCGGGAGCUCACCUGUGACGAAGUGCUCAAAAGGAUUGAGUCUUUGGAAGAAGAAAUCAUCUCAAAGAGAGUUAAACUUGUGAUUAUCGAUUCCAUUGCUUCUGUGGUCAGAAAGGAGUUUGAUACACAGCUUCGAGGGAAUCUGAGAGAGAGGAGUAACUUUUUGGCGAGAGAAGCAUCAUUAUUGAAGUAUUUGGCCGAGGAAUUUUCAAUACCAUCCAAGCUGAGAGAAGCGGGUGACUUAGUUUCACAGUUUGUUUCCAGGUCGUGGCUUCUAUGCCAGGAGUACCCAAUCUUUGCAAAUAACUGGUUGUUUAGACUGAAAUUCUGUACCAGCAUUCAGGAUUACAGCCAAUCAUUAGCAGAAAUCGUUCGCUUCCUAGGUCAUGACUUCUUCACCCAAUCUUUGCAAAUAACUGGUUGUUCAUUUUGA